AAUCGGGAUUACGACAUACCAACAGAGCGUACUAGAUUCCACGUUGGAAGAACGUUCGUCUUAAGGUGAACUAUUUUGCAGACCGUCCAUUGAAUGAGACUGACAGAAACUGUCCCGAAGAUGACUCUCACAGACCACAAGGAGAUAAAAGUGGAGCAAUGCAGCGAAGAAAGCAGUAUAAAGGCUUGCCCCGGCGUACUGAAGGUCUUACAAAACGCAUCCAAGCAAGAGCGGGUUGUGAACGGGGUCCACAAAUGUGCGGCCAUUCUAGAAAAUGAUCCUGAUGCGGUGAUGCUUUGUAUCUUGCCACAACCAUCAGAGGAUGCUGACGUCACAAUAAACAUAGAACAAACUCUGAUCAAAGCCCAUUGCUGGGAGAACGGCAUUCGGGUCCUGAAGGUGGACUGCUGUAAGAAGCUGGAGAUGUUGGUCUUAGACAACACACAGCCCACAAACCACUCUCUAAACUCGGACUUCUCCUGUGUGCUGGUCUUGUUUCCAAAAGUUGAAGCCAGCGAUUCUCCUGACGCAGAGAAAGAAUGGAAGCUGAUUGACGACUUCUUCAAGAAGAUGCUCAUGCAUGGUGUGCCACAUUGGCACGUGAUUGAAUUACCCGGAUGAUAUAUAACUUGUCUUCAUUAAACUUUUAAGUGCAUUUUGCCUCAAAUCAUAAUUGCAUUGAAACUUUAAUUGGCACGUGCUGCCCCAGACUUCAUGUUCUGCUCCAAGGAGAAAAUAGAGGACAGGAAGACGAAAAAAGAUGCGCACGCAGGCCUCCCUGGCUGAUGAAGUCGUAAAGAUUCCGCCAAAGGAAUAAACAAACGACAAACUUCACAGGAGAAAUAUAAACUGACUGUAAAUGUCUGUGAAUGAAAUCAUGGCGAUAGGUUAAUGAAUAUUAAUGUAUAUAGAUUAAUUUUAGAUAUGCACUGUAUGUUCAAUGCGUAAGAAUACGAAGAAAAGAGAAAUAAAAUGUAUAACAUAA